AUGCCACCAUCCAUACCGAAAAGUAAGUACACUGCAUUACCUAAUGCUUCAGAUAUAGCGUCUACAUCUCCAACAAGCGAUAACACACUCCCCUCAUUAAACGGACCCAAUCUGAAAUACUCCCCACAGGAUUUCGGCAAUGAUGAAGAAUUUGAAUUGGAAACGAUAAAUAACUUUGACUACGAAAUAGCGAUUGAAGAUGAGAACGAACGCGAACCGCAUCAAAGAGCUAGCUUUGGGAUAGACAUGUUGCCAAGUGCAUCAUCAACAGCUUCUUCAAGUACUACCAUCGUUUCAUCAUCAGGAUCGUCUAAUAUGAAAAUGGCAUUUAUGAAUAUGACAAAUUCGAUAUUGGGUGCAGGAAUUAUUGGUCAACCCUUGGCUUUUCGAAAUAGUGGGUUCUUAGGUGGAAUCUUGGUCAUGGUCGGACUAACCAUACUUAUUGACUGGACACUAGUUCUCAUAGUGAAGAAUUCCAUUUUGGCACAACUGAAAUCAUAUCAAGAUACAGUCAAUCACUGUUUUGGGCUAGUGGGCAAAAUUGUAUUGCUUGUUUCUAUAAGCUCAUUUGCUUAUGGUGGAUGUAUGGCAUUUUGCGUCAUUAUUGGCGAUACAAUCCCCCAUGUGUUGACAGCUUUUAUACCAAGCUCAAUAACUGAGGGUAUUUUUGCUUGGUUAUUCAGUCGAAAUGUCAUUAUUGUCCUUUUCACUGGUUGUAUUUCAUACCCACUAAGCCUUAAUCGAGACAUAUCUAAAUUGGCAAAGGCUUCAGGUUUUGCAUUGGUGGGAAUGUUGACAAUUGUAGUGUUGACUGUGGUCCGUGCACCUUUCAUUUCAUCUGAUUUGAAGACUAAAGUCACUGGAUCGCAGUGGAUACUCAAUGGAAACAUUUUCCAAGGUAUAUCGGUGAUUUCAUUUGCCUUGGUGUGUCAUCACAACACCAUGUUUAUUUAUCAAUCGAUGCGAAAUGCAACCUUGAAGAAAUUUACCAAAUUGACCCACAUUUCCUGUUUUAUAUCAAUGAUUUUCUGUAUGGUUAUGGGGAUUAAUGGAUAUUUAAACUUUGGAUUGAUGACAAAGGGCAAUAUCUUGAACAAUUUCAAAAGUAACGAUAAUUGGAUCAAUAUUGCUCGUUUUUGUUUCGGAUUGAACAUGUUGACUACUUUCCCACUUGAAAUAUUUGUUGUUCGUGAUGUGCUUAAAGAGAUCCUUCUCAGUGGGAAAGCAGUCGAUGGUAGCACAUCGCAUUUAGAAUUAACGAAAUGGCAGCAUUUUACAAUCACAUCGUUGCUUGUGUUUACAUCAAUGGCAGUCAGUUUAUUUACCUGCAAUUUAGGAAUGAUUCUCGAACUUAUUGGUGCCACUUCUGCAAGUUUGAUGGCAUAUAUAAUCCCACCAUUGUGUUAUUUGCGAUUAUCGUGGUUACAACUUGAUUGGCCACUGGCACAACCUUGGGAAAAGAAACGGUUCAUAGUGAGGAAGGCCUUGCCUAGUGUUGGUUGUAUUGUGUUUGGAUUUGCUGUCAUGUUUAUUAGUUCAGGAAUGACGAUCAGAGACGCAAUACGAAAUAAAGAUGGCAGUGAUAGUUGUGUAAUAGAUUAG